GCGGGGCCCGGUGGAGGUCGUGAGCCCUCCCCAGGGGCGUGGCGAGGCCGGCCCUUCCUUGAUAGGCUGGCGCUGGCCGCCGACCGGCGAGGGUGUGGAGUGGCGACAGGUAAGGUAGGACGUGUUGUCCCAGUGUCUCCGCUCCUGGGCGCCGCUCCGGUGACUGUCAUGUGGGCACUGGAGAGGCGGGGGCCGUCGCCUGUGACCCGGCCGUGGGCACUGCCCGCCCUUCUGCUGGCUUUGGCGGCACACGGGGCGGCGGCGGCGGGGAGUGCUCUCACCUACCCGUGGCGGGACGCGGAGACCCGGGAGUGGCUGGUGUGCGGCCAGUGUCCCCCGGGCACCUUCGUGCAGCGGCCGUGCCGCCGCGACGCCCCCACGACGUGCGGCGCGUGUCCCCCGCGCCACUACACGCAGUUCUGGAACUACCUGGAGCGCUGCCGCUACUGCAACGUCAUCUGCGGGGAACACGAGGAGGAGGCGCAGCCCUGCGACGCCACCCACAACCGCGCCUGCCGCUGCCGCCCCGGCUUCUUCGCCCACGCGGGCUUCUGCCUGGAGCACGCGCCUUGCCCGCCUGGCGCGGGCGUGACUGUCCCUGGCACCCCCAGCCAGAACACGCAGUGCCAGCCGUGUCCUCCGGGCACCUUCUCGGCCAGCAGCUCCAGCUCGGAGCAGUGCCAGCCCCACAGCAACUGCACGGCCCUGGGCCUCGCCCUCAACGUGCCUGGCUCCGCCUCCCACGAUGCCCUGUGCACGAGCUGCGCUGGCUUUCCAGUGGGCACCCCGGAGCCAGGGGGGCCAGGUGAGCAGGGGAAGGGGCGGGCGAGCCCGAGGACAAGGUCAGCCAGCCCUGUUGUCCCCAGGCUGGGGCCCAGCCUCUGGGAAGGUCCUCCAGAGACUUACUUGGGGGGGGACCCUGGGGUGGUGGGGUGGCACUAGUGUGCUGGCAGGCCAUGCUACCCCCACCCCCACCUUGGGAAACAGACUCCCAGGGAGUUUAAACUGCAUCUCCCCUCCCACCCCUGGCCUCUUCCACCUCCGCACUGGGCCUGUUAGUGGGCAGGG